UUAAUUCAUCACUUUCUUCGUGUGGUCGACGUGAAGAAAGCCGUGAAUGACCCCGGAACGUCUUUAAAGUCUUAGUAGUGCAGAGGACAAGGUCUCGGGCAAAUUAAGACUGGGAGGGCUGUUGUCUGAGACCGGCCGACGUGACGUGCUGGCCGAAAUGGGUAUAAAAGGAAGUCCAUGUCCCGCCCCGAAACCGCCGCCUGGCGUCCUAACACGGUGAGCCGGGUCGGGGUUCCCGUCAAUGGACUUUUCAGCGCCGGUGUUAUGCGAUCCUCUCGGGGGUAAAUAGAAACAGAAAACAGUAGAAGAGGCCUCGGGGAGUUUUGGGGGCGGUUAAUCCUCAUUGGUGAGACCACAAUUGCCACCGGCUGGGCCUGCGCCGGGACCGAGGAGGGCUAAGUUCGGCGGUGAGGCUGUCGGUGCCGUGAGAGCAGGAGACGGGGGCAACAGCUGACAUGGCAGCGGUCCAACAGCAACCCGUGCCCCGCGUCCUGGCGCUACUCUUGGCCGGACUGUUUUUCUUGGCUCUGGCGAGCGGGGCUAGACACAACAUCCAAGUCGUGUUUCCGAGGAGGGUUCAGCGGGAGCAGGCCGGGGCGCCCGGGCGCGGGGCUCGGGGGCGAGCCGCACGUGACGCCGAGGGCACGUCUGGCGGUGGCGACCCCCAGGACUUCGUCUUCUACCGUAUGGACGCCUUCGGCAAGACCCUACUGCUACGUCUGACGCCAAACAAGGAGUUCUUGUCCCGAUCCUUCCAGACGAUGACCCUCGGCGGCGACGGGCGGGUCGUCGACCUGAGCGGAAGCACCGGGGCGUGCUUCUACUCCGGGACGGUGGAGUCCUUUGAGAGAUCGUCCGUGGUCCUCAGUACAUGCAGCGGACUGAUGGGGCUGAUCAAGGUGAACAACGAGCAGAUGCUGAUCGAGCCGCUGUCGCAGAGAAGGCGGUACUUCGGCGGGAGACCACACCGGGUUUACCGAAGGGAGCUGCCACAGGCUUCGGUCACACAGUUCUGCGGCACUGAGACAGACGACAGAGGUAGCGAAAGUGACGAGCCGGGGUCUCGACAGACUAAACGUUCCGCCGUGAACAACAUCGACGCGCGGCAGCGGACGGUGGAAGCGCUGGUCGUGUUGGACAAGUCUAUCGUGAAGCAUCACGGGAGAGCCCUGGUCAAGACCUACGCCCUCACGGUCAUGAGCAUGGUGAACUCUGUCAUCAGCCUGCCCAGUAUGGGACACAACAUCAACAUCGCUGUCACCAAACUCGUCAUUCUGGAGGAAGACCAGGUAGGUCUGAAACUGGCUCACCAUGCUGACAGCGCCCUGCACAACUUCUGUCAGUGGCAGAGGGAGAAACUCCCAUACGUCUCUGCGGUAGACACCGACACAAACGAGGUCAUAGGUCAUCGGGACAGGCCUAGUCGUCACGACGCCGCCAUCUUGUUGACAAGGAAGGACAUCUGCAAGGACAGGGACGAACCGUGCGGCACUCUGGGAAUGGCGUUCAUUUCCGGUUUAUGUGACCCCAACCGGAUGUGCAGCGUGAACGAGGACAACGGCUUGACCUUGGCCUUCACAGUCGCUCAUGAACUUGGACACAAUUUGGGGAUGAACCAUGACGGGAGAGAGAACCGGUGCGUGUCGCGGCCGGACCUGUCCAUACAGUACAUCAUGUCGUCCUCCUGGCUGAGGAGGACGGGCAAAGUCAACCUGCAGUGGUCCCGCUGCAGCAGGGCACGGGUCGAGAACUUCCUUAGAUCCAAGCAGAGCCAGUGCCUCCUGGACACCAAGAGCGAAGCCAACGUCAACCUGCAGUACAGAGAAGAGCUGCCAGGAGAACUGUACACGGCUCAGCAGCAGUGUGUCUUCAACUUCGGCAAGAACGCAUCAGUCUGUCCUUAUCCAGAAAAGAAGAACCGGCUGUGUGAAUCCCUCUGGUGUAUCGAGCCCGGUAAGGACGAAUGUGUUACUAAGGAGUUUGCCGCGGUGGACGGAACGGAAUGUGGCAACGAUAAGUGGUGUAAAGCCGGUCGGUGUGAGUAUAAUAAGGACCCCGUGCACGGCGGCUGGGGGAACUGGACCCGCUGGAGCGGCUGUAGCAGGACGUGCGGGAUGGGGGUGCGCUUCGCGGCCAGGAAAUGUGACAACCCGUACCCCGAGUACGGCGGACGUUACUGCAGCGGCGACAGGAUAAAGUACGACGUGUGUAACACUCAGCCGUGUCCGGAGGGGAGCCCGACCUUCAGGAGCGAGCAGUGCGCCUCCUACCGACAUCAGCACGCAAGAGCAAACAAGACCCAGAGCAGCCUCUGGUACCCCGUGUACAGCGAGGAAAGCCCGUGCUCUCUGCUGUGCCGCCCCGUCAGCGGCCGCCGCAGGACGGUCUGGACGCUGUCGGACAGAGUCAUCGACGGAACGCCGUGUUCUCCCGGCAAGAGGGCCCUCUGUGUAGACGGACAAUGCAAGAGGGUAGGUUGUGAUGACGUGAUCGGUUCUGACGCGGAGGAGGACCGGUGCGGAGUGUGCCGUGGGAACGGGACGACCUGUCAUCUCGUCCGCGGGAUGUACCAACACCAACACGGCACGGGCUAUGAGGAGAUUGUAGUCAUUCCUAAGGGAGCUAGGAAGAUACGUGUUAUGGAGGCCCGACCCAUGAGGAGCUAUCUCGCCAUGAGAGACAGUGCCUCAAAGCGUUACGUGAACGGCGGACGGCGGAUCGAACUCCCGGGGACAUUCAAGAUGGCGGGCACCAAGGUGCAGUACACGCGCAAGGACUUGUGGGAAACAUUUACAGCAGAAGGACCUACAAAUAAUUCCCUGCAGUUUCUGAUCCUACAGCAGGACCCUGUGGUUGGAGUUGUGUUUGAAUACGCCGUUGACCUGGAGAACGCCUCCCAUGAGGAGAGUCCGACAGUCAACAACUACAAAAUCACCAAUGUUGUGGACUCGUUCAGGGAGGAUGUGCCGACGUACGGCUGGGUCUCUGACGGCUGGGGGGAAUGUGACGCCGUCUGUGGGGGAGGCGUACGUCGUGGACGUAACCGAUGUAUGCAGCUGGUCAUACAGAAUCGCAGCCUCGCGUUUGUGGAGGACGAGCCUUGUCGGAACCUGGUGAGACCGCAUCAGAAGGAAGAGAAAUGUAACAACGCUCCGUGUGAAACAAAGUGGCGUACUGCUGGUUGGCUACCGUGUCCUGUGACGUGUGGGGAGGGCACACAGCGCCGAGUGGUGGCCUGUACCCAGGAGCUGCCUAACGGGACACUUCGGGCCACAGACACGUGCGCGGGGUCCAGACCUCCAUCCGAGAAACCAUGCAGGCUGAAAUCCUGUCCACUGGUCGCCUCAGGAUGGAAAGAGAGCUCUUGGGGCGAGUGUUCGGUGACGUGUGGCGGAGGGAUACAAUCCCGGCUGGUACGGUGCGUCGGCCGGGCCAGUGACGGGUCGGAGCGGUACGUAGGCGAGGCGCAGUGUCAGGAGGAGAAACCUGCCGAGACGAAGGAGUGCGGCAACCGGUCGUGUGAAGACGCUUACGAGUGGCGGACGGACGCGUGGUCGGCCUGCUCGGCGUCCUGCGGGCUCGGCGUGCAGCUCCGUAACGCCUCGUGUGUGGACCCGCUGGAGAACGACACGGACACCGCCGUCCCCGAGCAGCUCUGCUUCGCGCCAAAACCUGACGUCAUCAGGAACUGUACCUUCGGAGCUUGUCCUAUUAAGAAGUGGGAGGUAAGCGCCUGGGCCGGGUGUUCGGUGUCGUGUGGUCAGGGCAUGCAGUCCCGUGACGUCACGUGCAUGACGUCAUACACUAACGGUACCGUGCUGACCGGUGACGACUUGUGUGACGCGCCCAAACCGCCUCCUGUCCGCUCGUGCGGGUUCGAACCUUGUCCCAUCAGUGAAUCAUGGGACGCCACGACUUGGCACGCAUGCUCCGUGACGUGUGGGCAGGGUAUCCGGUCCAGGCGGGUUCGCUGUAAGGUGACGUAUCCCAACGGAACCAUGCUGUACGCGCCUGACGUCAGGUGUAACGACACCGAGAAGCCCAGGACUCUCAAACCCUGCUUCGGCAUGGAGUGUGCCGCCAAACCUAUCGAGAUCGUGUGGUCCAAGUGUUCGUCUAAGUGUGGUCCCGGUGAGAGGACAAGGCGGGUCAAGUGCCACCAGGAGGACGCCCUCUGCAAAGUGAAGUACCGGGCCGUCCGCAGGGUGGCGUGUUACGGCAGUAAGUGUAGCGGUGUUUGGAAGACCGGACCCUGGUCCAAGUGCUCGGUGACGUGUGGGUACGGACUGCAGCACCGCAGUACCCGGUGUAAGACGGACAGGACCGACAGGACGUGGUUCCACAACUGCAACAAGCACGACAGGCCUGACUCUACCCGAAGCUGCUCCGCCGGAAGUUGCGUCAAUGCGUUCGACUUCCACGUCUUCCCUCUGCAGCCCCCUAAGGUAAAGGAACCUCGGCGGUGCACCAGAGACCGAGCCAACCCCCGGAUCUGUCAGGUGGUGAAGACCAGGGGAAGACUCUGCCGUCACACCCACUGGGCCAAGAACUGCUGCAGGACCUGCGGAUACUACGAGGUGGUCUAGCCGCGAGAAGAACACCAGAUGUAACUUACCAAAGGCGUUAAAGACACGUUAGGCACAUACUGUAAAUGUAUUUACUUUCGCGGUGGUUUUAUUUUGUGGUAUAGGGUAAAAAUAAGGUGUUUGAAGUUCAC